AUGGUGGAGUCUCUGGCCCAGCUACAGGAGGAAAAGUUUCAGCUGCAGCAAGAAUUACUGUCUCUGCAAGAGAAACUUCUUGUGCAAGAGAGUAGCCAGUAUUCUCAGACCAUGCACCUGCAAAAUCAGAUAGAAUGUCUGAAGGAAAACCUCAUGCAGCAAACCCAGGAAAUGAAGAGGCUUCACUCUGAGUUGGGUAGCACAAAUUUGGAGAAGCAUCGCAAUCUUCUGACUGCAGAAAAUAUGUGCCUGAAACAAGAGCAGGAGUUGUGUGAGGCAAAGCUACAAGAGUUCAAGAAGCAGCCCAUGAAACACGUUGACUGCGAGCACUGCCAGGAGAAUGAGAAAUUGCAAGAAAAGUUGGCCCAACUGAAACAAGAAACAGAAAAAGUGAAAGGUCGUUUGUCUGAGCUGGACCUGGAAGUGGAGCAGAAAACCAAUCGGUUGGCUGAGGUUGAGCUGAGGUUGAAGGACUGCCUAGCAGAGAAGGCAGAUGAGGAGGAAAGGCUCUGCCGGAGACUGCGGAACAGUCAGGAGACAAUAGCCAGCCUCAAAGCCCAACCUCAGCAGAUCAAGUACGUCAUCAGAACUGUGCCAGUGGAGUCCUGCAAGACCCAGCAGGCUCUCUCUGAAGCCCAGUCCCAGAACCAGUAUUUGCAGGAGCAGAUUGGGAUGCAGAGACAAGUGCUCAAAGAGAUGGAGCAGCAGUUACAGCUCUCUCAGAAGUCAGCAGGCCAGCUCAGAGCACAGGUUAUGAUGUAUGAGUCUGAGCUAGAACGAGCUCAUGAACAAAUGCUGGAGGAAAUGCAGACCAUGGAAGAGGACAAGAACAAAGCCAUCGAAGAAGCAUUUGCACGAGCACAAGUGGAAAUGAAAGCCGUGCAUGAGAACCUGGCAGGAGUGCGGAAAAAUCUUCUUACACUCCAGCCAGCUCUUCGAACUCUCACUAGUGAUUACAAUAAUCUCAAGCAACAAGUCAGAGAAUUCCCUGUUCUGCUUAAAGAAGCCUUCCAGAAUGCCAAGGCAGAGGUUGAGCAGGCCAUUGAAGAGGUGAAUCGCACAAACCAGGAGCUGCUAAGAAAAUACCGCAGGGAACUGCAGCUCCGGAAAAAAUGUCACAAUGAACUUGUGCAAUUGAGAGGAAAUAUCCGAGUAUUUGGCCGUGUCAGGCCAAUAACUAAAGAGGAUGGAGAAGGCCCGGGUGCCGCCAGUGCAGUGACUUUCAGUCCUGAUGAUGAUGCUGUUUUGCAGCUCAAGCACAAAGGGAAGCAGGUAUCAUUUGAACUGGACAAGGUUUUCCCUCCAGAAGCAACACAGGAAGAUAUCUUCCAGGAAGUUCAGUCCCUGAUUACAUCAUGCAUCGAUGGUUACAACGUUUGUAUUUUUGCCUAUGGGCAGACUGGUGCAGGAAAGACCUACACAAUGGAGGGAAUUCCUGAGAACCCAGGAAUCAAUCAGCGGGCUCUACAACUUCUCUUCUCAGAAGUGCAAGCAAAAGCUUCAGCCUGGGACUAUAAAAUCACAGUCAGUGCGGCAGAGAUAUACAACGACGGUCUCAGAGACUUGCUCGGAAAGGUGCCUCAGGAGAAGCUGGACAUCAAACUGUGCCCAGAUGGCAGUGGACAGCUCUAUGUGCCAGGCAUGGCUGAGUUUCCUGUACAUUGCUUGGAAGAUAUUAAUAAGGUCUUUGAAUUUGGACACAUCAACCGAGCUACUGAAUGCACCUACCUAAAUGAGCACAGCUCACGGUCUCAUGCCCUGCUAAUUGUCACAGUGAGGGGAGUAAACUACAGCACUGGAAUACAAACCACAGGAAAGCUGAAUUUGGUAGACCUGGCAGGUUCUGAGCGAGUGGGAAAAUCUGGUGCGGAGGGGAACAGGCUGCGUGAGGCUCAGUACAUCAACAAAUCGCUCCUUGCGUUGGGUGACGUGAUCUAUGCUCUGCGUUCUCGCCAAGGCCAUGUACCAUUCCGCAACUCCAAACUAACUUACCUCCUGCAGGACUCUCUCACUGGUGACAGCAAGACACUCAUGAUGGUCCACGUAUCUCCUACUGAGAAGAACACAAGUGAGACCCUCUGCUCCCUCAAGUUUGCUGAGCGUGUUCGCUCUGUAGAGCUGGGCCUUGGUUCUCGGAGGACAGAAUUAGGCUCUUGGUCCAGUCAGGAGCACUUAGAGACAGACUCGUCAGUCUCAGCUCAACCCUGCAUUCGAUCACAAUCUUCCCCUUGGACACGGCGAGCAAGCUCACUCCGGUCAAGGCUCCAGACAUCAGGGAAACUGAAGCCGGCACCUGUGUGAUAGAUGGACUGACCAGAGAAAUGGCUUGUUCAUGAAAAGUUGAAGAAUGCUUUCGGAGAGACUGCCCUACCCCUGCUCUUCCCCCAUGUCAAAGGUCACUGUGAUGGACUGUGGUUACUGCUGCCACUGUGAUGGACUGUGGUUACUGCCGCAGUUAACACAAAAUUUUGGCAUAGUGAAUUUUGGCAUUAACACUCACACGUUAAUAAUAUGAUGCCUCUCUGAGA